AUGAAUCCUCAUCUUUUCCUGCUGCGAGGGUGUUAUCUACAACUUGCCGCUUUUGUAGUAACACAAGGAAGUCAGCAGCAUGGAAGGAAGAUAUCGCCCGUUAGCAAGUUGCAUGCAAUUGAACAUAUCGUCUCACCAAAAUAUGAAUCACUACCUUCUGACCCUGUGGUUGAUCAUCGUGCAUCUUUCGAUAGCUUUUCUGAUUUGGAUCUGGAAUCGCGGAAGCAGUCAUCUGCUGAGGAGCAUCGAAGUCAAGUAUUGCUACCGGAAUUAUUAGGUUCGUCUAGCAGUUAUGAAUAA